GCUGGCUUACUGUACUACAGUUUUGGCUAUGUGAUGCUGGUCUGUAGUCUAGGCCUGAAUGCGCUUCAUAUGGCACUACAGCGGGAGAAAUCGAUGCUCAAAUUGUGCUCCGAAAUGUUGACAAAACCGCAGAAUCUUGUACUUUUGUUUCUUCACAUGGCACUUUUCGGAUUUUCCAUUCUAACGUUAACAGUGAAUCGUUUGACCCUGGGCAGUAGUACGACGUUGCUCUCCUUUUCAGCAAUACUGCUUGUCCCAGUACCUUCGCUUUUCUAUGUCCUCACUGUUGGAUUGACCGAUCCACAACACAUACAUAGUGUCUCAUAG